CUUUUCUUGACAUGCUCUGACUCUUGGAUGUUUGUAAAAUGUCCGUGUUUCAGGAUUUCUCAGUUUUUCCUGAGGAGGUUCAGCAGCUUUCAGUGAGUAAAGAAGAGGUUUCCCCUGAGCAACAGGAGAGGAGCUCCAAUCUGAAUCAGGACAUUACUGAGCCUGCACACAUUAAAGAGGAACUGUGGAGCAGUCAGGAGGGAGAUCAGCCUCAAGGUCUGGAGGAAGCUGGUGUCAGCAUUUUCACAUUUUUUCCUGUCCAUGUGAAAAUUGACGAUGAUGAAGAAAAACCUCAGUACUCACAGCUUUGUCAAAGACAAACUGAACUAGAGACCGAGGUCAAGAACCAAGACUCCUCUGAUGCUGAGACUGAUGACAGUGCUGAUUGGAAGGAGAUGACAGAACAACAGCCAGAGUUAAACUCUGUGGAAAGCAUCGAGACUAAGAGACCAAUGAAAGAUAAAAAACCACAUAGCUGCUCUGAGUGCGGUAAAAGAUUCAACCAAAAGAAACAUCUUAGAGAUCAUAUUAGAAUUCACACAGGGGAGAAACCCUUCAGCUGUUCUGUGUGUGAGAAAAGAUUUAACAGAAAACAUAAUUUGACACAACACAUGAGACGGCACACAGGGGAGAAACCUUUCAGCUGCUCUGAGUGUGGGAAAAGAUGUGGCCGUAAACAUGAACUUACAGGACAUAUGAGAAUGCACAUGGGGGAGAAACCCUUCAGCUGUUCUGAGUGCGGAAGAGCAUUUACCCGUAAAAAUGAUCUGAAAAAACAUAUGAGGAUACACACGGGAGAGAAACCCUUUAACUGCAGUAUGUGUGGUAGAAAAUUUAGUGAUAAAGGAAGUAUGACUAGACACAUGACAACUCAUUCUGCAGAGAAGCCCUUUGGCUGCUCUAAUUGUGAUAAAAGAUUUAAUAACAAAUCUAAUCUGACAACUCAUAUGGCUCUUCACACAGGAGAGAAACCCUUCUGCUGCUCUGAGUGUGGUAAAACAUUCAUCCAUAAACAUGUCCUGACUAACCAUAUGAGAAUACACACGGGUGAGCAACACACCUGUACUGAGUGUGAUAAAAGAUUUAACCAAAAAGAUCAUCUGACAAAACAUAUGAGAACACACACAGGAGAGAAACCGUUUAGCUGUAUUACAUGUGGUAGAAAAUUUAGUGAUAAAUCAAGUAUGACCAGACACAUGACAAUUCACUCUAGAGAGAAACUCUUUGGCUGCUCUAACUACAAUAAAAGAUUUAAUAAGAAGUCUAUCAGUUAAAAAUUCACAAGUGUGCAGGGGAUCAGGCUUAAGAGCCUCUUCAAAGCCAAACUGAGGGAAAAAAGAGAGACAAAAGUACAAGCAGAGUGAAGGGACUGUGGAUGAUCAGAACCUUUGAGGAACUGAGAUCCAGAGAGAGAUUUACAA